CUUCGUUAUUAUUAGCUGAAUUUCCUCCAUUCAUGAACAUGAUCUAAUCAGCGUCAUAUCCCCCCAGUGUUACACACUGGAAUGCGACUCAAGACGUUGUGUACAUCGCAGCUCCUGAUUCUUGGUUUCGAUCCAUAAUGUUUCCCGCGCGAGUGUUGGUGCUGCUGCUGGAGCCGAGCCUGUGGCGGCUGAGCUCAGGAAGCCCUACCGACGACAACGCACUGCGGAGCGGCCAUGGAGAGCACGGAGAGCCGGGACACAACGAGCACCACAAGGACUCCUACAGCACGUUCGCGUCGGAGUUCCUGGAGUCUAGAUAUCUCUCAGAUGAAGGUUAUCCUUUCCCAACAGCCCCUCCUGUUGACCCUUUUGCCCGCAUCAAAGUCAGUGACUGUGGAGUAACAAAAGGCUGUAUCAGGUAUGGAAAGCCGGGCUGUGAUGCAGAAUCAUGUGACUAUUUCCUAAGUUACAGGCGCAUUGGUACAGAUGUUGAGUUUGAGAUGAGCGCAGACACGGAUGGCUGGGUUGCUGUCGGCUUUUCUUCUGAUAAGAAAAUGGGAGGUGAUGAUGUCAUGGGCUGUGUCCACGAUGACAACGGCCGGGUGAGGAUCCAUCACUUCUAUAACGUAGGCCAGUGGGCCAAAGAGAUCAGGCGAAACCCAGCCCGGGAUGAGGAGGGGCUCUUCGAGAACAAUCGAGUGACUUGUCGCUUUAAGCGUCCACUUCACGUGCCACGUGAGGAAACGUUGGUGGACCUUCACCUCAGCUGGUACUACCUGUUUGCCUGGGGUCCUGCAAUACAGGGUUCUAUAACGAGGCACGACAUUGAUGCACCGCCGGUGUCUGAUCGCAUGAUCAGCAUUUAUAAAUACGAGGACAUUUUCAUGCCUGCUACGGCCUACCAGACCUUCUCAUCCCCGUUCUGCCUCUUGCUCAUCGUCGCGCUCACAUUCUACCUGCUCAUGGGAAGCCCAUAACCAGGAAGAAACAGGCAGGAAUUACGAGUUAACAGCAUUACAGGUUACAGGGCAGCAAUAAUACAGCAUAGGAGAAUAUUAAUAAUAAUAAUAAUAUGAAUACUAAUAACAAACAAACAAAAAACAUGUGUAUUAGAAAUAAACAGCUAGCAUCUGCAGCAAGUUAGAGUUAUGCAGUAUAGACACUGUUCUAGGGAGAAAGCUAUAUUAUUAAUUAAGCUGAUAGGCUAUACAGAUGAAACGCCUUAGCUUUUUUGUCAUGUGCAUCUCCAGUUUUGCUGAUAGUGCCAAAUACUGUACAUGCAAGUGCCAGUUUUUUCACAGUAGCAUCACACACACACCCUAAGGGAUAUUUUGUGUCAAGUAUCACGUGCAGGUGCGGCAGGAAAUGAUUACAUAACCAUAGAAUCACAAGCUAGAGAUCUAGAAUCUCUGUAACGCACUGAAGAUCUUUAAAUAUGAUAUAUAGCGUGAUUUUGGAGCAGAGGCCAUUAUCUGUUCAAACAUCGCCUUUAACAAACACCUACAGACUAACACACAACCACAAAACUCCACCAUGGCAAGAGUACUUUUAGCAUCUCGGAAACACUAGAAGCAUGCCAGCAAACCAGGAUUUCCCGUAACACUCCACAGACACAGGUCUCCACUAGGAUGUGCUAUUUUAACAAGUUUAAAGCAGUAUUUCUAUUUCAUGUCAAUGGUUCUCGUUUCCUGAACCAGCAUUUAUCUGUUACUGAUAUCUCGGUAUUAAAAUGUCUAGUCCUCUGUGGCUGUUCGUUCGCUGUGUGUACAGAUUAACUGGAUUAAGUAAGGACUAAAAAUCAAGAGAGGAAAAUAAUCCAAGAUGUGAUGAUGUGACGUGCCCUGAGGCAAAGCGGAGUUACUAUUAACUCCUGAAGGAUUAUUUGUUUCACAGAGCUUACCCUGAAGUGACUGUACAUUUCAAAACAUUUUAAGUACAUUUAGUAUUACAGAACGAGUUUAAUGUUAGUUCUGGUUAUUACUGACAUUAUAACAGCUAUAAACAUCAUUUCCUCACAUGCCUUUCUUUUCACUCUCCUUUGAUAAUAAAUAAAAGUAACAAAUGAUGAAAACCGAAAAA